AUGAAGAUCGUUCUUGUCAAUGGUGGAGUUAUCUCCGGUGUCGGCAAGGGUAUUAUUGCCAGUAGUGCCGGCCUGUUACUGAAGACGAUGGGACUCCGAGUUACGGCCCUCAAGAUUGACCCCUACCUCAACACAGACGCCGGACUGCUCAAUCCUCUAGAGCAUGGAGAAUGCUUUGUUUUGGCUGAUGGUGGUGAAACUGAUUUGGAUCUUGGCAACUACGAGCGCUAUCUUGGCAUUCGUCUCAGCCGUGAAAGCAACAUGACAACUGGAAAGAUUUACGCCCACGUUAUUGAGAAGGAACGUCGUGGAGACUAUUUAGGGAAGACCGUCCAAGUCGUUCCUCACAUCACCGACGCCAUUCAAGAAGGGAUUGAGCGCGUUGCCAACACUCCUGUCGAUGACUCUGGCGAGGCUCCCGACGUAUGCAUUGUCGAGCUCGGUGGUACCGUUGGUGAUCUUGAGUCCGGUCCAUUUACGGAAGCUCUCGUCCAGCUAAGACACAAGCUCGGCCGCGAAAACUUCUUCAACAUCUCCGUCUCAUACGUUCCCAUUAUUAAUAGCGAAGAGAAGACGAAGCCCACUCAGCACGCUAUCAGACAAAUGCGCAGCGCUGGUCUAAUCCCUGACAUGAUUGCUUGUCGCUGCGAACGUUCUCUCGACGAUUCCACGAUCAAGAAGAUUGCUAGCAGCUGCCAGGUCGAAUAUAAGCAGGUCAUCGGCGUUCACGACAUGGAGACCAUCUACCAGGUUCCACUGCUACUCCAGGAGCAGGGCCUUCUGCAGCUCCUACAGAACGGCCUUGCACUGGAUAAACUGACUGUGCCUCCGUCUAUGGUCCAGAAAGGACAGGCUCUUUGGGAUCUAUGGAAGAGGACAGUCACACCUGAACGUCACCUGCCAGACGUUAACAUCGUUCUGGUCGGCAAAUACGUUUCUUUCGAUGACGCCUACCUAAGUGUGCAUAAGGCUCUAGAGCAUUCCACUAUGCGCUGCAGCCGCAAACUGAACCUCGUCUCGGUUGACUCGGAGCAUCUUGAAAAGGACAUGCAGCAAAAAGAUCCCACCAAGUUUCAUAAUGCGUGGAAGGCUAUUUGCGAAGCCGAGGGUAUCAUUGUGCCUGGAGGUUUCGGUUCUCGUGGCGUUGAUGGCAUGAUAGAGGCCACCAAGUACGCUCGUGAACGUAAAAUCCCCUUCCUAGGCAUCUGCCUUGGUCUGCAGGUCGCUGUUAUGGAGUUUGCGCGUCAUGUAUUAGGUAUCAGCGAUGCCAUCUCAGAAGAAAUGUCUCCUGAGGCGGACAGCAAGGUUGUCAUUUUUAUGCCUGAGGGCUCUAAGGAGAAAAUGGGCGGCACGAUGAGACUUGGUACACGUACUUCUCACUUCAGACCUGGAACGGAAUGGAGUAAGCUACGCGCUAUGUAUGGUGGAGCUGAGGUCGUCGAGGAGCGUCACCGUCAUCGCUACGAGGUCAAUCCCGAGUAUAUCGAGAGGCUAGACGCCGCUGGUCUUAGCUUAACAUCUCUGGAUGAUAAGGGCGAGCGUGUCGAGACCAUUGAGAUUAAGGGCCAUCCCUUCUUCGUCGGUCUGCAAGCUCAUCCCGAGCUUACGAGUAAGGUCCUUAGCCCUUCGCCUGCUCUUCUAGGCUUUGUCGCCGCCAGCUCUGGUUGCUUUGACACUGUGGUCAAGACUAUGACCCAGAAGCAGGAUGGUGCUAACGGAACCGGUGACGCUACGCUUUUCUAA